AAGGAGGAAGAAAAAAAAAAAAACAACCAAAGACAAAAAGUCUUCACAGUUCCUCUGGCUUUGCAGUCCCGUAGACGCGCUCCAACCUAUCACCAUGGGGACCACCAAAUCACCAAGUUUCCUUGGUUAUCCUGUAAGCAUCUUUUUCAUUGUCAUCAAUGAAUUCUGUGAAAGAUUUUCCUACUAUGGAAUGAGAGCAAUUCUAGUUCUGUAUUUCCAACGUUUCUUUGGAUGGGAUGAUAACCUAUCUACUGCCAUCUAUCACACAUUUGUUGCUCUAUGCUACCUAACACCAAUCCUUGGAGCUCUCAUUGCUGACUCAUGGCUGGGAAAGUUCACAACAAUCAUCUCAUUGUCCAUUGUUUAUACUUUGGGGCAAGUAGUCACUGCCAUAAGUUCCAUUAAUGACCUCUCGGAUGCUAACCAUGAUGGAAGCCCUGAUAUCAUUUCUUUACAUGUAGCUUUGUGUAUGGUGGGGCUUGUCCUGAUUGCUUUUGGUACUGGCGGAAUAAAACCUUGCGUGUCAGCAUUUGGUGGAGAUCAGUUUGAAGAAAAUCAGGAAAAACAAAGAAACAGAUUUUUUUCCAUCUUUUAUCUGGCCAUCAAUGCUGGAAGUCUGCUUUCUACAAUCAUAACUCCCAUGCUCAGAGUUCAAGAAUGCGGCAUUCAUAGCAAACAAGCGUGUUAUCCAUUGGCAUUUGGAGUCCCUGCCGCUCUGAUGGCUGUAGCUCUAUUUGUGUUCAUCAUUGGCAGUAGCAUGUACAAGAAGGUUCAACCUCAGGGCAACAUAAUGUCUAAAGUUGCCAACUGCAUUGGUUUUGCAAUCAAGAAUAGAUUUAAGCAGCGGAGUAAUGAAUUCCCAAAGAGGAAGCACUGGCUGGAUUGGGCUAAAGAAAAAUAUGAUGAGAGGCUUAUUGCCCAAAUAAAGAUGGUUGUAAAGGUGAUGUUCCUGUAUAUUCCUCUCCCGAUGUUUUGGGCUUUGUUUGAUCAACAGGGCUCAAGAUGGACUCUACAAGCAACAACCAUGAAUGGAAACUUUGGAGCAAUUGAAAUUCAGCCUGAUCAGAUGCAGACAGUCAAUGCCAUCCUGAUUGUUAUCAUGGUACCAAUUGUAGAUGCCGUGGUUUAUCCUUUAAUUGCCAAGUGUGGGUUAAAUUUCACGCCCCUGAAGAGGAUGACAGUGGGCAUGUUCUUAGCUUCCAUGGCUUUCGUUGCAGCUGCGAUUGUGCAAGUGGAAAUAGAUAAAACUCUUCCAGUCUUUCCUACAGGAAAUCAAAUCCAAAUUCAGGUACUGAAUGUAGGCAAUGAACCCUUACAUGUAUCUUUUCCUGGACAUAGGAUGGACUUACAAGUGAAUGAGUCCAGUGGCUUAUGGAUUUUGGAAACCAAUAACCCACCAAAUAUAAACAUUAGUUAUGGGCAACAACUUUACACAGUUCCAAAUAACUUUGAAAAUGGCUAUCGCCACAGUAUUCUAGCAUGGGAUAUCAGCAACAUUGUUGUGCUGAAAGACACCCUUAAAAGCAAGCCAGAAAAAGGACAAAAUGGAAUCAGAUUUGUCAAUGCCUUGGAUCAAACCAUCGCUGUCAACAUGGAUGGAAAAUUGUAUGAGAAUAUUACCAGUUACAAUGCCAGUGAUUAUGAGUUUUUUACUUCGGGCAAAAAAACUAUCCAGAUUUUAGGGGGCUGCGAAGGUCAGUCUCCAAAACUUGAAUUUGGCAGUGCAUACACCUAUGUGAUAACAAAGUGUGAUGCUGAUGGCCUAGAAUUUAAGAGUUUUGCAGAUAUCCCACCCAAUACAGUCAAUAUGGCUCUACAGAUCCCACAAUAUUUCCUUCUGACCUGUGGUGAAGUUGUCUUCUCCAUAACUGGCUUGGAGUUCUCAUAUUCACAGGCUCCUUCCAACAUGAAGUCAGUACUUCAAGCAGGCUGGCUGCUCACAGUGGCUUUUGGGAACAUCAUUGUUCUUAUUGUGGCUGGAGCAGGCCAGUUCGGUGAACAGUGGGCUGAAUACAUUGUCUUUGCUGCACUGCUGUUGGUUGUUUGCAUUAUAUUUGCCAUCAUGACAUAUUUCUACACCUACGUCAAUCCAACGGAGAUUGAAGCCCAGUUUGAUAAUGAUGAUGACAAAACAAAGAAGCUUGGAAAAGUUGGGGAUGUAUCUGAUCCAUAUGAAAAACCUGAAUCAUUUUCACAGACGAAGAUGUGAAUGGUAAGAACAAAUGUUGAGAACAGUUCACAUCAGGAUUACUGUAAUAUAAACAGAGCACUAUUGGACUGUGACUGAUGAGGAAGAACUUAAUUUGUCAACACCUAUGGUGGGCAACCAUAUCAAGCUAACUAACUCUUCUUAACUGUAAUGAAUGACAAACUCUGGAAGCAUUUAUAAGACAGAUUUGCUUUAAAAAAGAAAGCACAGGGCAGCUAGGUGGCUCAGUGGAUAGAGCAUCAGCCCUGAAGUCAGG